GAGAGACAGAGAGACAGAGAGAGAGAGAUUGCAGUAAAAUUUGGUUUGGCUCUCUCUGGGUGUGUAUUUGUAGAGGGAUUGAGGAAGAACAAAAGGAGAAAUCUAAUCGCAAGAGAGAGAGAGAGGAUGAAUGGUGUGAAAGAGUUUGAAACGGAUUGCUCUGAGUUUGUUGAGGUUGAUCCAACUGGCAGAUAUGGCAGAUACGAUGAAAUCCUCGGCAAAGGAGCUUCCAAGACAGUAUAUAGAGCAUUUGAUGAGUUUCAAGGGAUUGAAGUUGCUUGGAACCAGGUCAAAUUGUAUGAUUUUCUGCAAAGCCCUGAAGAUCUUGAGAGGCUUUACUGUGAAAUUCAUCUCUUGAAGACGUUGAAGCACAGAAACAUAAUGAAAUUUUACACAUCUUGGGUAGAUACUGCAAAUAGGAAUAUCAACUUCGUCACUGAGAUGUUCACUUCUGGGACUCUUAGACAGUAUAGGCUAAAGCAUAAGAGAGUUAAUAUCAGAGCGGUGAAGCAUUGGUGUAGACAGAUCCUUAGAGGACUUCUCUAUCUUCAUAGCCAUGACCCACCUGUGAUCCAUAGAGAUCUCAAAUGUGAUAAUAUUUUUGUCAAUGGAAACCAAGGGGAAGUGAAGAUUGGAGAUCUUGGCUUGGCUGCAAUUCUACGGAAGUCUCAUGCUGCUCAUUGCGUAGGAACGCCCGAGUUCAUGGCACCAGAAGUAUAUGAAGAGGCAUAUAACGAAUUAGUUGAUAUAUAUUCCUUUGGUAUGUGCAUAUUAGAAAUGGUCACAUUUGAAUAUCCUUAUAGCGAAUGCAGCCAUCCGGCUCAAAUCUACAAAAAAGUUAUUUCUGGUAAGAAACCAGACGCUUUGUAUAAGGUGAAGGAUCCAGAAGUGCGUCAAUUUGUUGAGAAAUGCCUGGCGACAGUGUCCUUAAGACUCUCUGCAAGGGAGCUUCUAGAUGAUCCUUUUCUCCAAAUCGAUGAUUAUGAGUAUGAUUUGGGUCCGACAGACAGUGGAUCAUUUGAUGACUUGGGUCCUCUUAUCCAUCAGCCAUUCUUUGAUCUCCGCCAGAGCUAUAGUAAUUUAAGUUCUGAAUAUUCAAAUGGUUUUGGGUAUGAAGGAGACUGGUAUUCUCAACCAGCUGAGAUUGAACCAAGUGGAAUCGAACUUUUUGAGUGCCAUGAUGAUGAAUCCGAAGACGUUGACAUAAGCAUCAAAGGCAAGAGGAAAGAUGAUGGCAGCAUCUUUUUGAGACUCAGAAUUGCAGACAAAGAAGGCCGUAUUCGAAAUAUUUAUUUCCCAUUUGACAUAGAGAUCGACACAGCACUAAGCGUAGCAGCUGAAAUGGUUGCAGAGCUCGACAUUACUGACCAAGAUGUUAACAGAAUAGCAGAUAUGAUAGACGGGGAAAUAGCUUCCUUGGUACCUGAAUGGAAGCCAGGACCAGGAUUUGAGGAAACUAACCAUUUUGUAGAUAAAAAUUGUUGUCACUAUUGUGUGUCUAAUAAUACUUCUGGUGACAAUGUUAUGAAUUUUCUUACACAUAAUCAAGGUGGAAAGAACUCGCAGCUUCCUCAAUGCUGUCGGCAUGGAUGUACUUCAAUGCAUGGGCGAUUUGAGGAGAUUACCUUUCAAUCUGAGGAGUAUGACAAUCAUGUUGGAGGGGAUGCACCGACCAAAUCAAGCCAAUCAGACUGCUUGCAGUAUGAGGAACUAUGGAAUCAUCAUGAAAGUUGUGAACUGAGUCCAGUAGAGUCUGAUCAGAGCCACUCUGAUGAACAAUGUGAGCAGUUAGAUAAAUCAGUUUUAGCAGAAGAUAAAGGAAAGGGUGGUUGGGAAAACAAGUUUGCACCAGAUGCAGGAAACUCCUUACGAAGUUUAUCAGGAAAUUAUUUCUCUACUAUGUGUUCAUUAUAUUCUGGCCUUGAGAAUGAAUAUGAGAAAGAGGUUCAACAAGAAUUAAGAUGGAUCAAAGCAAAAUACCAAAUGAAGUUAAGGGAACUUGGGGAUAAACCGUUCAGUAUAGCAGCUAAAUCUUCACAUACUAGUGAUAAAAAGCACAAAACAGAACAAGCCAUUAUGCUACCUUCCCUUACACAAACAGUAAACGAAAUUGACCAUGGGAUUCGCUUAAAACCAUUAGGUAAUUACUGGAAUGGUGAUUCCAAUUGCCAUUCUCAAGUCCAAAAGCGGCACCCCAAUUUGGACACCCAAAGGGCCCAAAAUUGUGAGGUGAUGUGUUCCCAUGAAGAAGGUAUGGUUAUAACUAAGAGUUUAUUCACAGGGUCGUUGCUUCCAGACACACUACACAGAACAGUCUCCCUUCCAGUUGAUGCUGUGGAUUUAUAAUAUUAUGAUGCAGUCGUUGAAUUCUUUUGUAUAUUACAUGUAUAUGCAGUCAUAGAGGCUAUCUGAUUUCAAGAUCCCCCCCCCCCCCCCCUUCUUUUAUUUUCUUGGAAUUUAAAGUUCCUCACACAAUGAUACCAAAUCCUUGUCCUACAAAAGUAUCAAUAUACUGAACAGUGUCAUAUAUUUAGAAAAAUCAGAUUUUUUUUUGUGAGGAUGGUGGAGAUCUUAUACAUGGCUUGUAUAACAUUGAGAAUAAUACGGGGUCAAAGUCUACGUAUUAUUUUGGCGUAGUCUUUUUC